AUGGCAAAGGCACUGAAAAUGGAAGACGAACUGAUGGAGAAGCUGUUUGGGGAGGGAAUCCAGUCGAUGAGGAUGAACUACUAUCCGCCAUUCCCCAAACCAGAGCAGGUUGUUGGCCUCUCCUCUCACUCCGACGCCAGCGCCCUCACCGUCCUCUACCAACUCAACCAAGUGGAAGGCCUCCAGAUCAAGAAGAACGGCAUCUGGCUUCCGAUCAGCCCAAUCCGCUACGCAUUCACCAUCAACAUCGGAGACGCCUUGGAGAUUGUUACCAAUGGAACGUACAAGAGCAUCGAGCACAGGGCGGUGAUUAAUGCCGAGAAGGAGAGGCUCUCCAUCGCCACAUUUCAUGGCCCGAACGUGGACGGAGAAUUCGGACCAGCGGCAAGCCUCGUCACUCCUCAAACUCCGGCCCUGUUCCAAAGAGUCUGUGUCAAAGAUUACUACCAGAAAUUUCUCACCAACAAACUCGAUGAGAAAUCGAACAUCGAUCGUUGGAGGAUUAAUCGCAUUCCCGACUGUCGGAAUGAUUGACCCAUGCAUCAUUCUGCGUCUCCAUGUCCGCUUUUGCCGGUUAGUAAAUGGAUGAACCUUAUAAUCGUAAAUGGACCUUAUAA